AUGGCUGCCAACGAGUCGACGGCGGCUGCUGGUCCGUCCAAACGGGAGAGAAAGCGUCUCUUCAUCACCGAGAAACUAGCCUUCCUGAACGAAAAGUUCCACCGUGAGCGCGACCUCACCUACCGAGACCAGCUGCAGAAGAUCCAAGUCGACAACACUCUCGUCCAGCGCCUCGACCCAUAUGCCUCUGACGCACUCGAGGUCAUCGCCAGCGCUCGUCGUGAUCAUGCCGAGGCGCAGACCCCCGAAACCUUGCCGGAGAACACCCGCACACUCCUGCACAUGUCGGGCCCGAGGCUUCAGGAUUUCCUCCAGGAAGUUGAGGACCUGAUCGAGUAUCGCGACUCGAGCGUUGCGCAGCAAAAGCACGAGCAUGACCGCCGUCUCCACCAGUACCAGAAUGAGCACCUCUACAAGAUCGAAGCUGCCAACCGCGAGCACCGGGCGCUAGCCGACACCCUCCGUGACCGACUCAUCAACACUGUCUCCUCUCGGAAAUACCGCCUCCAGAAAGAAAAGGAAGCGCUCGAGAUCUCCGACUCGUCUGCUCUCCUUCUCCAUCCCAACCAAUUCAGCAUUACAAACCCUGCCAGCCCUGGCGGCACCCACAAGCGAGCUACCCGACUGCGCAAGGAUGCCGACGACAUCCCCGGAUACUCCGAGGGCAAGAAGCGGAAGCGAGUUCCCGGCGAAGACGACGGUUCUCCAGCUCCCGCGCGUAGGGCGCUCGACCCCAAUACCACAACUCCCCUGUGGCAGAACGAGAAGCUCCGCUACGCCGCGAAGCACCAUGGCCCCGCCUACAGCUUGGACAAGCUCUUCACCGAGAAGGAGCUUUCGCUCACGCGCCUCAACGCAUCUCUGGCGGCGCACAAGUACAUCCAGAAGCACAAGGUCUACUCCAAUGGUGCCACGUCCCCGAACGGCAGCGAUUCAGGCCACGGCGAUAACGACAGUGCGGAGCAAGACGGCGACUCGGCCUCGGCACCCAUGAUGGAGCGCACGGCAUCCCAUACGACGAGGAGCACUCGCGCCGGUAUCAACCAGAGCUUGCUCGAUGCGGCAGAUGCGUCAAAUACCCUCGAGCUACCCAAACACAUCGAUAUUCUGGAGCCUCACGAGCCGACAAAGAUCCCUUCUACCCACAUCGCCUCGUACUUCAAGACCAACGGUCGUGUUACCGAGAAUUGCCCGACCUCACUGACAGUCGAGGAAGCCAACUCGGAUAUUCUUCUCAUGGAGCUUUACAAAAAGUACGAUGCCAAGCACAAGCCUGGUGCGUCCAUCGACCAUCCCAAUGGCAGCAAGAAACUGCUGGAGUCCGUCGUUGCCCCUUACGUCAGGACACACUACACAGGCUUCCGCACCGGCGGUCGCCCCAAUCCCAAGGCGAUGAAUGAGAAUCUCGCCAGUGUCGAGGCUCGCGACUCUGCCCCCUCAAGUCUUGCUACAGCUCUGGGGGCUGCGGCCCCGAUGAGCCGCCAAAGCAGUGCCGCCGGAGGUAACACAAUGAGCCGGCAGGGCAGUGCCCGUGGUAAGACACGGAAGAAUUGA